AUGUGUUGCAACCGCAAGACCCAAGCCCGAGGCUGUGGCCCACGAGGCCGAGCACUCCGCCGAGCAUCAGACGAAAAAGAAUCCACCUCGCCACCAAUACUCACACCAUCCUCCUCCACCUCUAGCAUUUCAUCUAAGAGCAUUCCUCCCGAAGACGCCACCGCCGAAAUUCUCAAACGCUCCGGCAUCCCCCCACCCAGCUACGACUCCAUCAUGCCCAACGUACCAAACAAACUCCACGCCUACCGCACUAUCCUCCCAUCCGAACGCCCUCCACCCCUCAACCUCGACCCACACAUCGUGUCGCAGCUCAACGAGUCCCGCGACGACCUCUCCGACGCAGAUGAGUUUUUCGAGUUGACGCCCAGCGGGACGGUGCGGACGAAUGCGGAGUUGCAGGGUGCGACGGAGGCGUUUGUGAGUAAGUGGAAGUCGAGGAGGGAGGAGAGGGAGGAGCGGAGGGAGGAGCGCAGGGAGAGGAAGGUGGAGAGGAAGGCGGAACGGGCGGCGAGGAAGGCGGAGAAGUAUAGGGAGAGGGCGGAGAAGUGGGCUGGAAGGGCUGUUGUUUAG